GUGUAUAAAAGGGCGGCGAAGGCGGGAGGAGAGGUUCCACUCCGGGCAGGUCUUUCUGGGAGUGCGUCGGGGCUGCAAAGAGGCUAAGGGGGAGAAAGGAGAAAAAUAUAUUAUUAAGGGCUAGUCUUGCGGUUUCUUUCUGACGCUCCCGUUCCUUGCAGCCAGUUGCCCACCAUGCCAUUCUCAAACAGCCACAACCUCGUGAAGAUGAAAUAUUCCGCGGAGGAUGAAUACCCGGACCUGAGCACCCACAACAACCACAUGGCUAAAGUCCUGACCUUGGAACUCUACUCCAAGUUGCGGGGCAAACAGACUCCUUGCGGAUUUACCGUGGAUGACGUGAUCCAGACUGGGGUGGACAACCCAGGCCAUCCCUUCAUUAUGACCGUUGGGUGUGUGGCUGGUGAUGAAGAGUGCUACGAAGUGUUUCGGGAACUCUUUGAUCCCAUCAUUGAGGACCGCCACGGGGGAUACAAACCUUCGGACCAGCAUAAGACGGACCUGAAUCCCGAUCACCUGCAGGGGGGUGAUGACCUGGACCCCAACUAUGUCCUCAGUUCACGAGUCCGGACUGGUAGGAGCAUCCGUGGCUACUGUCUGCCCCCUCACUGCAGCCGGGGAGAGAGGCGUGCGAUUGAAAAGCUUUGUGUGGAAGCUCUGGCUAGCCUGGAAGGAGAUCUCAACGGGAAGUAUUAUGCUCUGAAGAACAUGACAGAUGCGGAGCAGCAGCAGCUCAUUGAUGACCACUUCCUCUUCGACAAGCCCGUUUCCCCUCUGCUCUUGGCCUCUGGGAUGGCACGGGACUGGCCCGAUGCCCGGGGCAUCUGGCACAAUGACAACAAGACCUUCCUUGUGUGGAUAAACGAAGAGGACCACCUUAGAGUUAUUUCCAUGCAGAAAGGGGGGAACAUGAAAGAAGUCUUCACCCGCUUCUGCAAUGGGCUAACGCAGAUCGAAACGCUCUUCAAGUCCAAAAACUAUGAAUUCAUGUGGAACCCCCACCUUGGCUACAUCUUAACCUGCCCUUCCAACCUCGGGACGGGCCUCCGCGGCGGAGUUCAUAUUAAGCUACCCCACCUUGGCAAGCAUGAGAAGUUUGGCGAAAUCCUCAAGCGGCUGAGGCUGCAGAAACGGGGCACAGGUGGUGUAGAUACAGCUGCUGUGGGAGGCGUUUUUGAUGUCUCGAAUUCUGACCGCCUUGGGUUUUCCGAGGUGGAGUUAGUACAGAUGGUGGUGGACGGGGUGAAGCUGCUGAUCGAGAUGGAGAAAUGCCUGGAGAAGGGGCAGCCCAUCGAUGACCUCAUCCCAGCUCAGAAAUGAAAAGCACUUUAACCCUUCUGCCCCUGCCCUCCUCCUCUUCCGCCGCCCAUGCUUCUUCCUAACUUAUUGGAUGAAUAAUCAAAAGAAGAAAACAAACAAACACUCCAAUAAACGAAAACCCUGGUUGGAGUUAACAAGAAGAAGAUUUCCACUUAGUAACACUUGUAGAAAAGUCUUCCAUCCAUAUGUGUUAGAGUUUAUUUUUUUGAUGGCUGAGAUGUCACUGACAAAAACUGAAAUAAAAACCAUUGUUUGGCCUGACAAA